UAUCAAAAUCGUGAAAAAAUAAGCAGUUGUCUCUGCUCUCAAACGCUGGGGGCGUGUCCACUGUCGGCGCUGAAACCACACCCACUAACGAGAGCUGCCGUCUCAACUGACUUGUCUAAUGAGUCAAACAUAGUGAUGCAUAUAAAAAGAAUCAUGUUAGAGGAUUGCAAAAUUUAGUAGAGUUACUGUGGACUACCAACUAAUUAUAACAUAAGCAUACAAGGCAACUUAGACUCAUUGGUGGGCACGUAACGUUACUGCUGACUGUUGUCACAGAUGUCGGCGCCGUAAGACGGGAGGAUGAAGGCCAGGAUGGGAGAGACUCGGUCCAGCCCCACUUUAUGGGUUGUCGUGGGAUGGGAGUAUGAAGGCCGAUGCGGGAGAUAGUGAAUGAGGCUGAACAGACUAAUAACAGUGGAUUAUCAGUGAAUCCCAGUUGUCUCUAAUGACAGUUUGUAAAAUUAUCCGGUGUAAAAUGAUCACUGCAGAGACUAAAUUAAUCCACAACGUCUUUGUCAUUGUGUUUAGGAAAUUUAAAUAAGAAGACUGGGCUGUUUUGUAUAUUAUCGCAACCAGGUAUAACAAUAUGCAUUGUUAGCUAGCAAAAUGUAGGCAAUAUAACUAACAUUAAUGACAGUAACUCGAGAUAGAGUGGGCAAGCCGCUGUAGCGUUAGGGGCGGCACUAUGCUUGGUGGCAUCGAUAUAGUGUUGGGGUGGGGCCAUGCUCGUAGGCUCCAGUGCGUCAUCGAGCCCCCGUUUUAGCUCCGCCCAAAAAAUGUUGAAAAACUGUUUAACGCUUUAACUUCACAAUUCAGUACUACAUAGUUCACAGUCUUUGAAAUCUGUUUCAGCAGCACAUUUGCAACAUUGGUGUGUUUAGAAACAGUUCUCAAAAUUGACUUUACAGGGACUUUAAUAAAGAUACACAGUGCAAAAGUGAAAACGCAAAACGUAUAGGAGGAGAGUAUUUGAAUAAAUCACGCAACGUGAUUUACUAAUGUUUGUGCUAGUCAAUUUACUGAUAUUUGCAUCAUUAUUUAACACCCCUAAAAAAAGCACGUCUUAACCCAUUUUGUGACAUGGCUGCAACAUUUGCUGCUAGGAGGAGACACCGCAGAGAACAGAGAGCGUGUGGUAGAAAUGAGAAUAUUUUCCACUCGUAUUAAUUUCUUUGGAAUGCAAGCGGAAGAUGUUAUCCAAACAUAUGGUUUGCCAAGCCAGUGUGUUUGUCAUAUUACGUGUAACAAGUUGUGACUGUCUACCUGCACCUGACAAGCAUCAGCUCUGCUUAUUUGUGACUCAACGCUAAUUUGCGCUGCUCUUGGAAGAUUGCUUUGGUCAUUAUGUAAAGGAUUUGAUUGCGUCCAUGUUUUUUAAUUUGUGCGUCAACAGUAGAUCACACGCAAAACUUGCCACUCCCAUCUAUGCAUUUGGGGAAAUGUGCUCUGCUGCCAAUCUGCCCCAUUUAGUAAAUCUGGCCCUUGAUGUCUGUUGUAUUGUGCCAUUAAAUUGGGAAAAACCUUUGUUUUGUUUUUUCACCUUAGCCCUAAUGGCAAUGAAAGAGGAGACAGAAGAACUUAAUGAAAUUGAAGAGAAAGAUCAACAUGAGAAUCUUCAUGAUUUCAUAACUGGAGAAAAACCUUUUCGGUGUUCGCAGACUGAAAAGACUUCCACGCAGAAAAAAGCUCAAAAGAGUUUCAGUCAACAAAGAAACCUUAAAGACCGCACAGGAAAGAGUUCUUUCACCUGCCAACUCUGUGGAAAAAAUUACAAUCAUAAAACAAGUCUUAACAGGCACAUGAAAAUUCACACUGGAGAAAAGCCUUACAUAUGCCAGCAGUGUGGGGAGAGUUUUGCUCAACGUGUAAACCUUAAAUUCCACAUGAGAAUUCACAGUGGAGAGAGUCCCUUCACCUGCCUAGACUGUGGAAAAGGUUUCAACAAAAAAGGACACCUUAAUCGCCACACAAAAAUUCACACUGGGGAGAAGCCUUACACCUGCCAACAGUGUGGAAAAAGUUUCACUUAUAAAGGAAGCCUUAACUGGCACAUGACUAUUCACACUGGAGAAAAGCCUUACGCAUGCCCUCAGUGUGGAAAAAGUUUCUAUCAACAUGGAAACCUUAAAGUCCACAUGAGAAUUCACAGUGGGGAGAACCCUUUUACCUGCCAACCAUGUGGAAAAAGUUUUAAUCGUAAAGAAAGUCUUGACAGGCAUAUACGAAUUCACACUGGAGAGAAGCCUUACAGAUGCCAACAUUGUGGAAAAAGUUUCCAUCAACUUGGAAACCUUACAGUCCACAUGAGAGUUCACACUAAAAUGAGUCCAUUCCCCUGCCAACAGUGUGGACAAGGUUUCAAUCAUAAAAUAAGUCUUAACAGGCACAUGAGAAUUCAUACUGGAGAAAAGCCUUACACAUGCCAUCAGUGUGGGGAGAGUUUUGCUCAUCAUGUAAAGCUUAAAAUUCACAUGAGAAUUCACCCUGGAAAGAAGCCUUACACAUGCCAUCAGUGUGGUGAGAGUUUUGCUCAUCAUGUAAACCUUAAAGUCCACAUGAAAAUACACAAUGGAGAGAGUCCCUUCACCUGCCAACACUGUGGAAAAUGUUUCAAUCAUAAGACAAAUCUUAAAAGGCACAUGAGAAUUCACACCGGAGAGAAGCCUUACUCAUGCCAACAGUGUGGGAAAAGAUUCACACAUAAAGGAAGCCUUAACUGGCACAUGGCUAUUCACUCUGAAGAAAAGUCACACACAUGCCCUCAGUGUGGAAAAAGUUUCCAUCAACAUGGAAACCUUAAAGCUCAUAUGCUGAUUCACACUGGGGAGACCCCUUUCACCUGCCAACAGUGUGGAAGAAGUUUCAAUCGUAAAGAAAGUCUUGACAGACAUGUACGAAUUCACACUGGAGAGAAGCCUUACACAUGCCAACAGUGUGGAAAAGGUUUCCAUCAGCGUGGAACCCUUACAGUCCACAUGAGAGUUCACACAGGGGAGACCCCUUUUACCUGCCAACAGUGUGGACAGUUUUUCAAUCGUAAGGAAAGCCUGAACAGGCACAUGAGUAUUCAUACUGGAGAAAAGCCUUACACAUGCCAACAAAGUGUGGAAGAAGUUUCACUCAAACAGGAAACUUUAACAGGUACACAAGAAUUCCCACCAGAUAAAAGCCUUACAUCUGCCAACAUAUUUGGGCUUGCUUUUUUCACCUUAGACCAAAUGACGCAGAAAGAGGAGAAGGAAGCAUCUUUUAAAUGCUCACAGACUGAAAAGAGUUUCAGUCAAAAAAGAAACCUUGAAGUCCACAUGAGAAUUCACACUGGAGAGAAGCCUAACGGAUCCCCUCAGUGUGCAAAGAGUUUCAAUCAAGAUGAAAGCCUUAAAUUCCAAACGAGAAUUAAAACUGGAAAGAGUCCCUUCACCUGCCAACACUGUGGAAACAGUUUCACUCAUAAAGGAAGCCUUAACAGGCACUUGAGGAUUCACACUGGAGAGAAGCCUUACACAUGCCCUCAGUGUGGAAAGAGUUUCAGUCAACAUAAAAACCUUAAAGCCCACAUGAGUAUUCACCCUGGAGAAAAGCCUUUCACAUGCCCUCCGUGUGGAAAGACUUUUGAUCAAUAUAGAAACUUUAAAGUACACAUGAGAGUUCACACUGGAGAGAAGCAUUACACCUGCCAACAGUGUGGAAAAAGUUUCAACAGAAAAGGAAACCUUAAUUUCCACAUGAGAAUUCACACUGGAGAGAGCCUUUUCAUCUGCCAACAGUGUGGAAUAAGUUUCACUCAGAAAGGAAGCCUUAACAGGCACAUGAGAAUUCAUACCGGAGAAAAGCCUUAUAUAUGCCAUCAGUGUGGAAGAAGUUUCAACAGAAAAGGAAACCUUAAUUUCCACAUGAAAGUUCACACUGGAGAGAGCCCUUUCACCUGCCAACAGUGUGGAAAAGGUUUCACUCAGAAAGGAAGCCUUAACAGGCACAUGAGAAUUCACACCAGAGAAAAGCCUUACGGAUGCCAACAGUGUGGAGCGAGUUUUGCUCAUCAUGGAAGCCUUAAAGUCCACAUGAGAAUUCACACUGGAGAGAAGCCUUACACAUGCAUUCAUUGUGAAAAGAGUUUCGAACAACAUGGAAACCUUAAGGCCCACAUGAGAGUUCACACUGGAGAGAAGCCUUACAAAUGCCUUCAGUGUGGAAAGAGUUUCACUCAAAAAGGACAACUUGAAGUACACAAGAGGAAUCACUUGAGAGAGAACUUUUAAAUGUCAUUGGUGUGGAAUGAGUUUUGCAGGCAGAAACACCUUAGGAUUCAUGUUAUAACUGGGAAGGGAAGGAAAGCCUUUCAUGUGCAAUCACUGUAAAGACUUCCAGAUACAAAGCAUAUCUUGAGCACCGUCGUCUUGUGUUGAGCAGCUUAAUACCUGAAUCACAUCUUGCAACAUUGACACUGGUAUCUGAACUGAAUAAAAUCAACAAUGAACUGAA